CAUUUUUAUUUUUAUAGGACAAACGAUUCGCAUCGCGUCGAUCGUGCCUCACCAAUUUGUCUCUUCUAUUUUGUCUCGCCAUUGCCAUGAUUUUCUGGGAUUUUUUUUUCCUCGUUACGGCUUAUCAGGUCCACCUGACUUAUCAAAAAACUCUUCCCAAGUCUGUGCAUCGACGCGAGCCUGCGACGGAAUCGAAAGAGGGUGACACUGUGAUCGAGAACAAGAAUGUCAAUAUUGUGGUGAACGUAGACCCGAAAGAAGUCGCCAAAGAAUUGUGGAAAAUUUUGGAAAAGCGCUUGGACAACCCGCCGUCGAGAAGGUCCCAGACCUCCAAGGAGAUGAUCAAGGAGUUGGAGACCAUUGUUUCGCCUAUAGUGCUCCCAAGCCGCCGGGCCAAUGAACCCUCGGCUUUCGAAAUAGCUGACGCCCUGGACCACGUCACCAGGAAGGCCCUACAGGUCGACUCGGUUGAGAGGAGCUCCAUGGAAAAAGAAAUACUGACCAGGAAUAUUGUAGCUAACAUGAUGAAAACUUUGGAUGAUGUUAAAAAGGUCGAGUCGCAGCUGUCGUUGCCUUCUGAGGGCGUUAUUAAUUACGGACAAACUCGGAAAAGUUUGUUGCUGAAAGAUGAAGCCGAUAAUUUAUCUGCGGAAAGUGUUCAGCAGCCCAAACUCGUCGACUUCAGUGUUCUUGAUGUCUCAUCAAAAAGUUUGCAGCGUAUUGAACAUUUGCUGGCCGAAUUGCUUGACAUUGUUAGCAAAGCUGUCCCUUAUCAUGAGCGCCAUAUUCAAUUGCUAUCGAAACAAAUAGCGGAAAAUACGGGCCCAGAACAAGAAAACGCUCCUGCACAAGGAAGCCAACCAAAACCGUCAAUAGUAGUUGACGUAUCGCGAAAAUCAUUUUUAUCGCGACUUCAUGAACUGGAAAAUUCUUUCGACAACUCCAACAGCAUGAACCAGAACAGUAACAAUGCAAAUGUCAACACAAAUACAAAUGUUAACACUAACGCAAAUACAAACUUCAACACGAACGUCCGCAAACGUCCUCUGACAAGUGUGUAUCUCAACGAUGACAUGAUCUGAACACUUUAUCCGAACAUCUUGUAUGUUUACAAAAUGAAGCUUCAAUAAAGCUAAAAAAAAUAACAUAAAUCAGGUUAUAAUUUAUAAUUUGAAAUCCUUUUGAAUUAAAAUUUUCCGCUAU